AUGGCAUCCGCUGUCUCCAACUUUAAAAGUACCUUGUCUGCCUCCUUCUCUCCAUCCUCCCCCGGGGAGCACGCGGCAACAGUUCGCGCUGGUGGCAGGAGCUCAUUUGCCAGGUCCCUUCCCCGCUCCCUCCGGAUGCCCGUCAGCAGGGAUGGGUGCAGAUGCGCCGGUAGAGCCGUUGGAGGCGGAGGGGAAGAGAAGGAGAAGGUCCAAGAGCAGCUGCACAGUGCCAACAACCAGCAGCCCAGGAAAACUUCUCAGGAUGCCCCCGUCGGUAUGUAUCAUACCAUCUUUGUUCCUUUUGUUAUCCUUCCGGAAAGCAUAAUAGAAAUCCAAAGCGCACUCUCUUUGCUUCUUUAAUCUGCCGAUUUCAAAGCGCAGGAUAAAAGAUGAAAUAAGAAAGCCGUUCUUUACAGACGAUCUUAUGUAGCCGUUAUUGAGAAUUAUUGGGCAUCUAUAGGUUACAUAGAAAUAAUAUGCAAAAUUAUCAGAUCGUAAAACAACUCUCGUCGAUGUUUAGUUGUGGUAUGUUUGGCUUCUUUCGUUAUUUAUUCGUUUUGCUUGUUUUCUCUGGAGCUAUUUAUCUUUUUUUAUUGAUCCUCGAUGCUUGUAGAACUUCAUGGAUUGAUCCCAUCUUAUCUUGCCAACCCCAUUUUCUCUGUGUAAUUCUGAAUCCCAAUCGCCUAGGACUGAACAGCCAUUUGCUAGGUUGGUGCCCUCGUGCUACUAAACUUAAGGUGUUCUUGUGGAUUAUGUUCAGGUAUGUGGGACCAGUUCCCCACAGCAAGGGCCGUAAAACAGAUGAUCGAGACAAUGGAGAGGAUCAUGGAGGAUCCUUUUGCCUACAGUGGCACCUCGUUCCCUUCCCUCGAUGGCAGUGACGGUGGGGUAGGCUACAGGAGGGGAAGAACCCCAUGGGAGAUAAAGGAAGGGGUAGGAGAUUACAACAUGAGGUUCGACAUGCCAGGCAUGGCCAGGGACGAUGUGAGGGUGUGGGUGGAGGGCAACAUGCUUGUUGUCAAGGCUGAGAAGCUGCCCAGCAGUGGCAGCGAGGACAGGCAGCAAGGCGAAAAGGAGCAAGAUGAGGCGUGGUCCGCAAAGAGCUAUGGAAGGUACAACAGCAGGAUUCUUCUGCCAGACAAUAUCAUGGUUGAUAAGAUCAAGGCUGAGGUAAAGGAUGGCGUAUUGUACAUCACCAUCCCUAAAGCCUCCAGAAAGGUUGUCGACAUUGAUGUGCAGUAG